AUGCAUAUAAUCCUCAUUAAAUUUGCUCCAAUGUCAUCCCAUCUAGGUAGCCCCGCGCAUUAUAUAUUUGAGCGAAUGAUAUGCAAAUUCCGCAAUUAUCCCACGAUUCCUAAGCAUUUCCUUACUGUCGACAUGGAACACCUGCUCGCUUCCUUCCUAUUUCCUUUCACAAUUCUCCUCUUUAUCUUCAUGGUGAUGUUGAGGAUAUGGAGGAAAUCGAAAACCUGCAACUCGACUCUUAAUUUACCACCAGGACCAUGGAAGCUGCCUUUAAUAGGGAGCUUGCACUGUUUAGCUGGGUCAGUGCUACCUCAUCACACGCUAAGAGACUUGGCCAUGAAAUAUGGACCUCUCAUGCACCUUCAACUUGGUGAAGUUACCAAUAUUGUCAUUUCUUCUCCUGAAACUGCUAAAGAAGUGAUGAAAACCCAUGAUAUCAUAUUUUCUCAGAGACCCUUUAUCCCUUCAGCAAGUCUUGUGAGUUAUAAUUCAACAGACAUCGCAUUUUCUCGAUAUGGAGACUAUUGGAGACAGUUGCGAAAGAUUUGCUCGUCUGAGCUACUAACUGCGAGUCGUGUGAGAUCUUUCAGAUCAAUUAGGGAAGAACAGACUUCAAAAUUCGUUAGAUUCGUUUCUUCUAGGGCUGGAUCCCCGAUAAACUUUAGCAGGAUGAUGGAUUCUUUGACCUUUAGCAUCAUUUCAAGAGCAGCCUUUGGUAAGAUAUGGAAGGGAGAAGAAGAAUUCGUGCCCACUAUGAAGAAACUUGGGGAAACUUUGGGAGAUUUUAAUCUUGCUGAUUUGUACCCUUCCAUCAAAUUGCUCCAAGUGAUUUCGGGGAUGAAGCCUAGACUAAAGAGACUUCAUCAAACGGUAGAUAAGAUAAUCGAGAACAUCGUGAACGAACAUAGAACCAGAAAGGUUAAGGCGAAGUCUGUUGCUGUAGGUGAAGAAGAGGAUCUUGUAGAUGCUCUUUUGAAUAUUCAGGAUAAAGGAGAUCUCGAAUUCCCUCUAACGACGGAGAAUAUCAAAGCAGUCAUUUUGGAUAUAUUUAUUGGUGGUAGCGACACAUCUUCUACACCUGUAGAAUGGGCAAUGUCAGAAAUGCUAAAAAACCCAAGAGUGAUGAUUAAGGCACAAGAAGAGGUGAGGCGAAUUUUUUAUGCAAAAGGAGACAUUGACGAAGCAGGCCUCCAAGAACUUAAUUACUUAAAAUUGGUUAUCAAAGAAACUCUGAGAUUAUAUCCUCCUGUUCCAUUGUUAGUUCCAAGGGAAUGCAGAGAGAGUUGUAUCAUUAAUGGGUAUCACAUACCUGAAAAAUCCAAAGUCAUUGUGAAUGCGUGGGCGAUUGGAAGGGAUCCCAAUUACUGGUCUGAAGCUGAAAGAUUUUAUCCAGAUAGAUUUCUUGAUAAUUCAAUUGAUUAUAAGGGUACCAACUUUGAAUUUAUCCUAUUUGGUGCAGGAAGGAGGAUGUGUCCAGGAAUAUUAUUUGGCAUGGCUAAUGUUGAGCUUCCACUUGCACAAUUUCUAUACCAUUUUGAUUGGGAACUCCCUUGUGGGUUGAAGCCAGAAAAUCUUGACAUGACUGAAGCUUUAAACAUAACGAUGAGAAGGAGAAAUCCUCUCUACGCGAUUCCCAUUCCAUACCUACCGCCACCUGUCGAGUAAAACCUCAAUGGAGAGAUCCCCUCCCUGUAUAUUUUACUUUCUUACCAGCCAAUAAUAAGUAGAUUAAUGUUUAUUUAAUGUUUUACCAUGUUAUUGUUAUCAGUUAUUCUUAAUUUUGUUUUUUGCUUCUCCUCUAUGUUGAGUGAGAAUCGAAUGUAAAUAGAUUAACUUGGCUGGUUCUUUUAUUA